CCCGGUUCAUCAUACCUUUCAGCUUCUUUGUUGUUCCCUGUAUGGCACCUUUUUGUCUUCGAAUCUGACAGCUAGUAGUUGUCUGGUUGGUUAAUCUAGCUGGAGCCUUUAAAAUUUAGAGUGAUCUGUAUGAUGUCUGCUGUCAGGCACCAAAUGAAAGCAAUGUUCUGCUUGCCCACCUACUGACAUUCUUUCACAUGCAAGGCUGGCCGACUGGCCAAGUGUCAAAAGAACGUGUUGAUUUCGUGAUUUCGUGACUCAAUUAUAGGCACUUAAGUUAACGAAAGUUCAUUGGCUGACUUAUUAUUUCUCCGUUCAAAGACAAUAUUUGCAUAUUUUUGGUCUAGCUGUAUUAAAUUUCAUCUUCUUUCGACGCCUAGCAAGAAUUUCCCGCGGUUUCUUUAAUUUGGGCGAGAUCGUGUUAGAUAUUUUCAAGUGCGACCGCCCGACCGCUUUAGAAUCAGCUAGAGUCAGGUGAAAAUUCAUUGAGUCAGCUGGUUCAAGAUGUUGAAGAAACCCUUAAAACGACAGGCCACGAUCGUCCUGGAAAACAAAAACUUAGCCGAAACUAAAAGGCUUGAAGAAGAUGAAAAAAGACAGAAGAACUGGAAGAGAUGGGGGCCUUAUUUAUCAGAGAGGCAGUGGGGAACCGUAAGAGAAGAUUAUUCUUUUGAUGGGGCAUGGUAAGACAGCCUUUAAUUUAAGCUAAGAUUACUUUGAUGAUCAUUAUUUGAACGACUUCACCGAGCUGAACGUGCAUCAAUCUUAUGAUAUGUUUGUCUGUCAAGACAUAAACAGUGCAUUGGUUGUGAUUUUAUUGGUUAUUUGUGAUUGUUACCUAAAUUUCAGGAUUAUUGAACAAUAUUGCUGUUUGUGAUGCAGCUCAAGUAAGACUUGAGAAGUUAUGUAACUUUUGUCCUGAUUACAGUCUCAGCACUAACUUAAUUUAAAUUUGUUUCUGACUUCUCCUACACUUAUAUUUAUAAUAUAUGACAGUAAACUAAAUAUUAAUUUUAGUUUCUUGGUUUGUUUAUGAGUGACUAAGGAAAAGAUCAGUAAGGUUUAUGCAACAGGUCCUUCUCCUAGUGUAAAUGAUAUCAUUAAUAUCAUCAUAAAUUAAGAUUUCAAUCAUGUAGAGUUCAUUUCAGUUUUCAUCACAAGGAUGAAAUUCCUUUUAAAACAAGAGCAACGUAUCUCAAGUAUUUGCUUGUUUUAGCACAGGUAACCCAAGCGUACUAUCAGAGGCUCUAAGCAAUAGCUAAUUAAUUAUUCACACAGCAAUAAUAAAAGGACUUUAAAUGAGAAUUUAUUCUUUGCUCUAAAAAUAAUCCAAGUUGUCUUUCCACAGUUGGGACUCUUUUUCUCAUGACCAUGCCCGGUCACGUGCUUAUCGCUGGGGAGAGGAUGGUUUACUAGGAAUCACAGACCGGCAGUGCCGGCUGUGUUUUGGGUUGGCUUUGUGGAAUGAAAAAGAUCCAAUUCUGAAAGAAAGACUGUUUGGUUUGACUGGAACUGAAGGUUGGAAUAUUACAUAUAUGUAUUUUUUUCUGGAUUCUUUAGAUUGUUUUGAUGUAACAAUCUCUUUAUUUAUGUGGUAUGAUAACAAAUAAAAUAACAUAACUGCCAUAGAUAACUGAGGCUAGGGCCUAUUGAAAACUGUGAAAAUGCCAAAAAAAAAGAAGAAAAGAAAAACAAAGAAAUCCACUUAAAAAGUUAAGCUUUACAUGAAAUUCAGGGGAAACUGAAGGCCCCAGCGUUUAAAAAGGACUAAUUAUUCACAUAUUUCUCUCCAGUUUUCAGAAGAACUUAUAACAGCUAGUCCUUGUAGCUGAUUAAAACUGAUUUUUUUUUUCCACAAAUUUACCAACAUAGCCAAACAGGAAAAUAAAAAAAAAACACUCUCCUUUUUGUAGAAACGAAAACCAAAAUUCUGCAAAGGGCAAAACUCAAAAUCCCUUCAUAAAUUUCAUUCAAAUAAAGAAGGGCUGUCCACUGCUUCCACCAUGUUAUAUACUUGUGUCUAAAACAAGUCUGUAGACCUGAAUAGUACAACUCAAGGCAAAAUACUGUUCCAAGUUAAAACAGGAAAUGUUAUCCAAGGCUGCAAAAUUUGAAAAGUAAAUGAAAGUCGUUGCUCAGAGUUGCUGCCUACAUCUCAAAAUACUAUUGUACUUUCCGUUCAUUUUUGUUACAAUAUAGACAGCUGCAGCUGUAUAAUAUCUUGUAGGCCUUCAACUAGCAUACAUUAUUCUAGAAUCUUCUGAUUUUCAGUAUUAUCUCCUUAAUAAAAUAGAUUUUUAUUUUUGAAGGUAAUCAUGGUGAAGAUGUGAAGGAAUGCUACUACUAUCUUGAUUCCACACCAACUCAUUCUUACAUGAAAGCCCUGUACAAGUACCCACAGAAUGAAUAUCCUUAUAGCUGGCUUGUUGAUGAAAAUCGAAGAAGAUCACGUCAAGAGCCUGAAUUUGAGUUGUGUGAUACUGGUGAGAAAAUACUGUUCAUCGUUCCAGAAAAACUACCCAUAAAAUUGACCUCAAGUCAAUUUAGAGUGCACCCCCUCCUUCAUCUUUGUGAAGAUUCCAGUUUAGCAUCAAACUGUUUUUUUUUUUGUAUACAUGUAUGGUUUGAGAGAUUCCCCUCAAACUUUCUAAUAAACAUCCACUUAAAAGUAUAAAUUCUCCUGGAACCUCAGCUACAAUGUACAAGUAUUUUACAUCAGGGCUGUGACUAAGAUUGCGAGUUGCUGGGGUGUUACUGGUCAAAAUUAAAUUCACAGGUUAAAUUUUUUUAACCUAGGUUGAUUCUCUAUUUCCUUUGUCUUCCAACCCCAAUUAUUCAUGAAUUAGGGCUAGGAGAAGGAGAUAAAGGAAAAUGAGAAUCAACCUAGGUUAAAAAUUUUCACCUGAAUUUAAUUUCGACCUGUAACAUAUAGGCAGGGAAUUGAACUAUGAUAAAGUUCUUUUGGUUCCAUAUGUUUCCUACUAAAGUAACUGGGGGAGAACUCCAGUCCCCAGCUCUUAUUGACAACUUUGUACAUAUUAUGUUAUUGUUUCCCGAGGGCAAAGGGAAGUUUAAUUAAUUAAUUAUGUUUAAUUAAUUAAUUAAUUACAUUUAAUUAAUCAACUCCUGGAAGAAAAAAAAAUACACAAGAACAGCCAAAGCCAGGGGCUUAAAUGGCCUAGGGUCAGCAAAAAAAAAAGACGUGAAGAAUUUACAGGAAUAGAAGAAGGCUUUAACUUAAAUCAUUACAAUACAAUUAGAUCAAGAAAGAAAAGGUCAGUUAGAAAAACUUACAACUAAAAUACAAUACUUGGCAACUUAAUUUCAAAUAUUUAAACAACUAAUGAUUCCUAUAAACCACACAAACAAAUACAAACAAAUACACCUAGUAUAGUCCCAUAAGGUGUACAGAUUAUGCGUAGGCUAAUUAACUACUCAAAAGUUAGCUUUACCCUAAAAAUGAAAAUGAUCUACCAAAGUUGUUUGCACCUGUACUAGACCUCUAUUGUAUUAGUCUCUGACCUGCUCAUCCCUGAUUCCAAUUUGAAGUUUUGGUCUUCCCUUUGUUUCAUCUAUUGCUCUGGACUUGUUAGGGUCACUUUAAAAAUAGUCUUUUUUUAAAAAAAGAAACAAAAAAAUAUCUUUGUAGGUGUGUUUAAUGACAGUCGUUACUGGGAUGUCUGUGCUGAGUAUGCAAAGAAUACACCAGAUGACAUUCUCAUCCGUAUCACAGUAACAAACCGUGGUCCUGACACUGCACGGCUUCAUGUCUUGCCAACGUUGUGGUUUCGAAACACCUGGAUCUGGGGCUGUAAGCAUGAAGGCUGUACACGGAAGGCAAGCAUUGUCAAGAAAACUCAAGAUACUGUGGAGUGUCGGCAUGAAACUUUAGGAAAGUUUUAUUUUACUGUUGAUGUUGGACCCAACAAUGAGAUCCCAGAGCUGCUGUUUACUGAGAAUGAAACAAACACAGAGGUAGGUCGCCUAACAUAUUAGGUGGCUGUUCAUCUCAUCCUUAACAGUUAGCUUAAAACCUAGAUGGUGUGGUAGAAAGUUGAGGAUAUGGAGUAGCCAUAUUUUUAUUAGAAGAUUCUAGGGGAUGUUUUGUCUUAACAGAGAAAUUUUCAAGACACACAAUACCUUGAAAAGCACAACCUCCUAAAAUCGUAGGUAAGUUAGACAAACCCCAAAUUAUAUUAUUUUAGACAAAUGGAACAGUUAGCCUGAAAUUUUAAGCCCUUCUCAAGCUUUAGAAAUUUCUAGGCAAUAUUUGCACCUUAAAACAGUUUUUUUUACAGAAAAUUGGUGUUCUGUGUCCCUAAGGGAAGAAAAAAGAGAGCUGCCCACAGUGUCAUGGUAUUUCAGUUGGAUGUUUUGUUGUUCAUCUUUGCAGCAUCUGUAUGGCAUAGACAAUUACACAACAUUCACAAAGGAUGCCUUUCAUCGCUUUAUCAUUCAUGGUGAAAAAGAUGCAGUUAACCCCAAGAAAAAAGGGACCAAAGUGGCCCCUCAUUACCUGUUGGUUGUUCCUUCUGGAGAGGAACGAGUCUUGCAGUGUCGACUUGUAGCUGAGGGAGAUGUUGUGACUGAACCAUUUGCUGAAAGAAAUUUUGGAGCUGUAAUUCAGAAGCGUCUCAAAGAAGCAAAUGAAUUCUAUCAUGUUGCCAUACCAUGUAAGCUUAAACAUUUUAUCUUCAUCUUGAAAGGGAUUUUUUUCAGCACUGUUUUUCCGUUGACAUCGUUACUUAAACCUGGUUGCCAUAGGCUUAAUUUUUUGGUCAAGGAGACUUACUUACAUGUCAGCCCUAAGCCCUUUUCAAAUUUGCUCUAAGUGAUGUUUUUACACCCUUGACCAUAUUUUUAGAUCAAAAGAAUAAAAAUUCUUUAAGAACAUCCAAGUUAGCAAAAAAUUAAAAACCGUUUUUAGACAAGAUGGAAAAGAUAGUCUCAAUUUUAAACUAAGUAGAGUGAGUAGGGGUAAACUACCCUUUCAUUUGGCUGAUAAGGUAAUGACAGAGAUUAGUUAAACAACAUUAAAUUAUGCGCUCCAACAUUUGCCCCUCCUUCUCAAAUAACAACCCCAUCUUUGAAUUUUUUCCUCUGGAGAAUCAUCAAUGUGCUAAAAAGUCGUUUUAGAAGAGGAGGCUAGAAAUGUCACACUACGGGAGUGACAGACCAAUCAGUUGCUUGUACUUGUCAGGAGAACUCUACGAUAUACACUGUAGUAUAAUCUUGUUCCAGGAUGUAGACUCUUGCUUGUUUACAGCCCAGUUUUUGUCACUUGACACUAGGAAAAACAAAACCUUAAAAGCAACAUGUGUUGUGUGAGGGUGGCACUUUAAAGUGUUUUGCACUCGCCUCAGCAGUAAAGGGCACCUGAACAUAGCUCAUCAGUGUACAGGGGCCUAAUGACUAUGCCUUACUGAUGAGUCCUAACGAGAGUAAGACGGGUAUUUCGGGAUCCGGGAAUUGCCUUCUUUCGAGGCAGUGAUUCAGGAUUAAAAGCAAAAUUGGGGCGGGAUUCAAGAUUGAAAGUAUGCAUAGGAUCCGGAAUGCCGAAAGUAACUAGCGGAUUACGGGAUUGAGCAAAAAUUUGGAUGGAGAUCCUCUGCUUCGGUGUCUGAAUGAGUCACUUGGAACUGCUUGCUUUAUAAUAUUAAACUAAGUCUUGGGUUUGUCUUCAUGAGGAAUAAAACAUGCAGUAUUUCAAAUCAUUGAAAUGCUUUAAUACCAUAUUACUUUUUAAUGCAUUAUUGCUAAUAAGAAAAGAUUUGAAUAGAUGUGUCUUUAAAAAGAUAGAAAAAAAAUUGUAAGUGAAAGAGUUGGCAAGCUGAUGCUGUCUAAACUUCCGGUUUUCGUAGUUGUCAAUCAGCAGCGGUGGUUCAUCAAAUAUUUGGGGCGGUGCCAGUAAUCAAAAUAUCGCAUCGCAGCUCAGCCAACUUUUCGAGACGGAACGAAGAUGGCAAACACUCUGUUGUCCAAACUAGCACAGUUCAGAGAUCAAGAAGAAUUCAUCGAUGUGCGUUUACAAGUAAGCGACACCCUCUUUCCAGCUCAUCGUAUUGUACUCGCAGCAAAUAGCGACUAUUUUCAUGCCAUGUUUACGAAUGGAAUGAAGAAGUCGAAACAGGAAGUUAUUGAGCUGAAAGAACCGAGCAUUUCAGCUGAAGCUUUGCGUGUUCUGUUGAAUUCCAUCUACACUGAAGAACUCUGUGCCAACAAGGAAAACGUAUUUGAUGUUCUCGCCGCCGCUAACCAUCUCCAGAUUACAAACAUUGUCCACCAAUGCUGUGAUUUCUUGAAUGUACAUUUCGUUCAAGACGGGUUUGAUUUCCAACGUUAUUGUCAGUUGUCUGCAGUCGCCGAUAGACAUGGUUUGAAAGAAUUACAAGAAAAUGUACAGCAUAAGAUGGCUUCAAUUUAUAAGGAUAUCUGCGGCGGUGAAGCAUUCCUUUCCCAGAUUAACCCGGACCAAUUAUUGAGCCUUCUUGUUCGAGAUGACCUCAGCGCUCCAUCGGAGACAUUCGUCUUCAAAUCUGUGAUGCGUUGGAUAAAUCACCAUAAGGAGGAAAGGCUUCCAGUCGCUGCUAAAAUUAUUGAAGCGGUCCGUCUUGGCCUGGUGGAUGUUGGAGUGUUAAUUGAGGAGCUAAACACAGAGGAAAUCCAGAAAGUUCCAGAAAUGCACAAAAUUUUGAUCGAUGCGUCUCUCUACUUCAAUGCGCCUUCUCAAAUGUCAAAGUUUGCAGAGAAAACAAAGCCACGAACUCCAGGCCAGGUAAGGAAAAGACUUUAUUUGUCCUCAUAAUUCCCUUGGUAAACGAAUAAAAGAUACGCAAAGGAUCAGAAAAUACAAAAGCACAAACUGAGUUUGAUUACAUUGCACGUGAGAAAAAUUAAAUGCCAACUUUUUGCUCUCUGUAGCCUGCUCGGCCAGGCGUGGAGAGCGAGCAGUAGACCCCGGGUAGUCCCCAUUUUUACUCAGGGAUAGUAGAGCCAGCGAAACGCUGCGGGGAGACAUUUUUCUCUUUCCCCGCCGCGUCUCGCAUAUCUCCCUUGGGAUGAUUUUCACGCGCGCUCGCGUUUCGCUCGCUCUACUAUCCCUGAGGAGAAAUGGGGACUAUUCGUAGCCUAUGCGAGCAGCGAGCAGAGGUCCUUCGAUCUUUUUAUUUGAUAGGCCAGGGCCUUGAACUGAAGGGUCUCUGAUCGCAGGGUACGGCGCUAGGAACAUUUCGAUAUAAGCAACAAUGCCGACGGUUUUUUUUUUUACAAAUAUCUUUGUGCUGUGAGCGCUUGAUAUUUUCAUGAUGCACAUAAAAAUGAAGUGAUUGUAGAUCGAAGUGUAUGUCUGUAAGCUUACUCUGCGUGGCAGACGUUUCUAUAAGGGAGGCAGGACGAAGAAAAAUGGGAAAGGAAAAAAGACAGCUUGGAUUUGCUACUGUUCAUCCUUUCCCCAAGGUUUCCUUUCAACACUAAAUAGUAAUCUUUUUGCCUUCGAAGUAUUCAAAGGAAAAGUUUGAAGCUGUUACUAAUAAGGAGAUGGAGAAUGAUCAUGAAAUAUUAAAGAUUUGCUGAAAGGUUUGUUGGCUAGAGCCAACCAAUGUUUUCAUGGAUUCGUUUUGUAACAACCAUGGAUUUCUUAGCAGAUUACCAAAGUUUGCACGAGCGCUAAUCAAAUGAUUUACACGCCAUUCCUUUUACCAAAGGACUUACUCUGUUUGACAACUAUUUCAAUAGCGUUACGGCGCGCAUGCGCAAUGCUGUUUAAUUAAUUUUUGACCAUCUUUGCACCUCGUAGGUUCUCGUUGCCAUAUUACCUAAAAGGUCCCAGGCCCAGUACUUUGAUGUGGAAACCAAACUCUGGAAGCCUUUACCUUCCAUGGCAGUUCUGCCUGGAGGAGAUCGUUGUGUUUGUACAGAGGUUGUUGGGAACAACUUGUACGUAGCUGUUGAUGACUGCGAAAGUAGCCAUGUUUACACCUACAACAUUGACAAAAAUCUUUGGGAAAAGCUACCACGCCCCCUUGGUUCAAUAAACAGUUUGUGUAAGAUAAGUGACUUCUUGUAUGCAGUCAGUUCUGAUUGUAACACUUACCCGCAGAGGUAUAGCUUUGCUAAGCGUCAAUGGCAAAGUAUUACAAGAGUACGUUCAAUGGGCACGGGUGAUACCAAUUUUGUCCUUCAACAUGAUCUAUUCGGUUUUUCAUUAGAUAAAAUUUGUUACAAUGGAGCAGCAGUGUUUGAUUCAAAGCUUCAUGCAAUUUUUGAAUGCACUUACAGUAAAUUGGCUUACCAUUCCUACACUGGGAGACGAUUACCUGCUCCAGAAACACGCACAAAAACGGUAAAUGUAAUGCAGAGCUUUUUGGAGCCAUGCAAUAUGUGGCUCAUACUAGGAUCCAACGGAUUCAAUUCCUAUGGAUUUACCCCUUUUGUAGUAAACCAAAAGCUUUACGCUGCGGGGGGAAGGGGACAUGACAUCCCAGAUAGAGAACCUGCUCAUGUCUUUGUCUAUGACGAGAACAACGGCGAGUGGUUAGAUGAGAACCAAUAUCACAUUCCCCCAAACAACCUUGGGGCUGUUGAAAUAGAGGGUAAAGUGUAUUUCAUCAUUAACAAAUUUCUUGUCGACAGUGGUAUUAGAAUCCCAUCCACAGAGCUUUAUCCUGUUUGUUUGAGUGAUUGGGAAGGUCUUAGACACGUUAGCGCAAACGCAGCCUUAUGUUAUCUUCCAUUGAAGGAGGGUAUGAAGGACUGACAUCGCAAAAACGCAAAGCCGAGUGCUUUAUAGGCCAUCACUUAUAUACACAGUUGUAAUGAAAAAGCAUUGGUAACUCAUUGCAAGUUGAAAAACCAGCUUAUCAUUAUUAUGGUAAAAAUAAGUUACAAAACGCACAACUACUACAGGCAAAAAAUAUCUGUGAAUGGCUCAGCAGAUAAGUAGAAUUUUAGACAAGAAAGAGAUGCAUCCUCUGCCUAAUGCAGGAGACGGAGCAUCUGUUUUUAAGCCUCCUUUGACAGACAGCUCUUAUGUUUUGAAUAUUCUAACUCUUUGUUGAAGGGUCUAAAUCAGUAAAAUCAAACCGUUAUUCUUGCCCCCGUGGCUUUGAAAUACGCUACCUAUGAAUUUUAAGUUCCUUUAUUAUCAGAUUUUCUUGUAUCUUGUUUAUAACAAUCGGAACGAUAACAUGUAUUAACAGGUUACUGUAGCUAAGAAUGACUAUGCAUGAUUAUACUGUAGUACAUGCUUUUAGUAGGAGAUAUGGACAUCUAGUUUGUGAAUAAAUGAACAGUUCCCUAUGUUGGUGUGUAGUAUUUUAACCCCUUCCCUCGGUUCAACACCUUAGACAGUUUUCCUAUUUAUUUCAUAAGACUUUAUUCUCCGUGACAUGGAAACAGGGCGAAAAGCAUUGCUUGUUGACAAUCCGUAGCCUGUAAAUUUCAACGUUUCACACGCAAAUUUGAGCAAAACUGCGAGGAUCAUUUCUUUUCAUAGUUUCAUACCCGCAGUUCAUAUUUUUUUACUUAUGUACGUCUCCUACGUACAUUUAAAACUUAGUGAGUUGAUAAAAUUCAGUAAUUUCAUUUACUGCAUGCAAAGUAUCAAAAAUAGUGAACUUUUUUCUUCUGUUUGACUGCGCUUUACAGUAUAGAUUCAUUGCCAUUGGCAGAACAUCUUCUGUUUGAAUACUAGGAAUGGAUAAUCGAUGUCAUGGAGAAAAAACGGGGAACCUCCCCCUCUCCUCCUCUUUCAUUUUUUCCCUUUCCCCUCCCUUCUCGCCUCCUCGUAGCUCUGUACCCCAUCCGGCAUGGUAGAAAAAUAUUUUGUGCUGUCGCAGUGAGAAGCGAAAAAAAAAGAUAAUUAAACGUCAAUUGGUAUUGAUUAUAGUUGAGCUCUGGUGCUUUCUUUGGGUGAUGGGAUUACGAAUUCACAAGCAAAUAAGAAAAGCGUUACAACGAGAGUCUGCCGGAAAUAAAUCUUUUCUUCUAGGUUUAAGCAAAGCAUACGAAGUACUUGUAGAAUUUUUCCGUUUAACAGUUUAAAACUAGGAAAGUGUCGGCUUCACUUUUCAACUUGUAGUCCACCUCCACUCAUGCCUAGUCAAAAAUACUUUAUAACAGUACCAGCAACAGCGUGAAAAAACAAGUUUGGAUUUCUACUGAUGCAAACACUUGUGGUACAUUUUCAAUAUAUAUUUACAGUAAAAGAGAACAAAUCUUCGUCAUGUUUAUCGGAGAGGUUAAAUUGUGUUUCCAAAGUUUUUGCUCGAAUGAAAGCACUGUUACACUAGCAGAAAGGUUAAAACCAAACUUAACAAAAUCGCAAAAAGCCACUUAGAAGACUCAAGACAUUGAGAUCAAUAGGCACAGACGAUCCACCCAAAUCGAUAAGACCAUGGUUUGUGAUUUAAUACUGUUGUACUCAACUGAACGAGUGGAGAGUUCAUGAGCGGGAGAGUAAACUUGACUUGCGCAGCCUCAGUUUUAAUUCUCUUCAUUUUUUUUCAGCUGGCUUGACUCCAGAGGAAACCGAGGUGUCUCGUCAGUCCUACGCUGGCCUGUUGUGGAGCAAACAGUUCUACCAUUACAUCAUUAAAGACUGGCUGACUGGUGACCCGGAGAUGGCGACCCCACCCACUGAAAGGUUCAAUGGAAGGAACUCUGAAGCAGAGUGGAGACAGUUGUUUAACAGAGAUGUUAUAUCCAUGCCAGACAAGUGGGAGUAUCCCUGGGUAGAUUAAGUUCCCAUACUGUUAUUUCGUGCAAGUGUUGCAAAGCCAGCAAGCGUGCUAUGCUUUUUUAGUUAAAAAUUUCUCUGUGGCAUCAUCUGCGCGCCGUCCUUAAAAUAUGUGAAAUAUUUCAGCUCUAAAAUACGUUUUGGAAUCUUCAUCGUUGGUGCAAACGAAUAAAUGUCCAAAAUGGAAGAAAAAAAACACCUUAUUUGAGUUGUCAAUGUAUUUAGCACUAAAUAGGGGCCACUAUUUUUACGUUUUCAUCUGGAGACGGGACCCCCAUUUUACGUGGUCAUCUGAGCCACGCGAAGGCCUAGGCAUUUGCAGGGCAAAGUAAGUUAGUACCUUCAUUUCUCAGUUAUUUUAAGACCCUGAGUAUUGGUCCGGCCCCGGGAAUCGAACCCCAACCUCCCGCUUUGCAGUCUAGCGCUCUGCCGACUAAGCUAAUCCUGCCGCGGUUGGAAAAAAACCUUCAUCUUGUCAAUGGAAACUCCAGUCUCCUGUUGAAAGCUAGAGACUGUCGCUGGAGAGGUGUAAUCAAUUGUAAAGGUUUUGAUUCCAUUGGGAAGAUAUAUCUUUAGGCACGUCGAAACCCUAUCGUGCUUGCUUUUUUUAUGCUUAAAGUUGCUUUCGAACCAAAGUGCACUUCCAAUGAUCACUAAUCUCACUCCAACUCUUUCAGUACGCCACUUGGGACCUCGCUUUCCACAUGCUUCCCAUGAGUAAAAUAGACCCUCAGUUUGCAAAAGAUCAGUUAAUCCUGUUCCUUCGAGAGUGGUACAUGGCGCCCAAUGGCCAGAUGCCAGCUUAUGAGUUUGCCCUGGGUGAUGUGAACCCGCCUGUUCAUGCACUCGCAUGUCUUAUGGUCUACAAGAUGACGGGACGCAAAGGAGCUCGGGAUGACGAAUUCCUGGCGCGUUGUUUUCAGAAACUGCUCAUUAAUUUCACUUGGUAAGGCAUCGGUUUUUAGUAGUUUUUUUAUCCGAAAUUUUCUUUGGUUAUCGAGAAUUAAUUUUUCUUCUCAAAAACUUUUACUCAACUUUUUUGGUCGAGUAUUAUUACUUCUUUUUAAUGCUCUCUCCACCCUUGCCUCUUAACAGGGUACUGAAGCAGGGUUUUGAUGUUAUUGCUCUCAAGUUUACCUUUGGUUCAAACUAUAUUUUGUUUGAGUUAAUUGUCCUUUAUACUUUACCACACCCAGAAACAUGGGAAACCAAAAUUGAAACCGCAGAUAAAAUUGAACCACAACAAGUGUAAAUUAGAAAUGGCGAGCUUACAUUUUCCUUGGAGAAGCGCGAAGAGGAAGUAAACCUUAUCAAGCUCUUGAGUUUCCUUUUCAUUUUCUCAGGUGGGUGAACCGGAAAGAUCCUUCUGGUAAGAACAUUUUUGGCGGGGGAUUUCUUGGUCUUGAUAACAUUGGUAAGAAACCUCGCUCCAUCCUCGAGUCAAAUUGUGCGUAGACUUUCGUACUAGAUUUAUUACUAAAGGUUGCUCUGUCCUUUUGUAGGAAUCUUUGAUCGGUCCAAGGAUUUGCCAAUCCACGCCUUGCUCUUACAGGUGCCAUUACUCAAUCUUUUUGUCAUCUUUGGAUAAUGUGACAUAUCCUACGUGUACUAAUUAAUCUGCUUUUUUCUGGAAGGCUGAUGGUACAGCGUGGAUGGCGUUCUAUUGUGUGAUAAUGCUCAACAUCGCUUUAGAUCUCGCAAUGCAAGACGAUACCUACGAAGACAUGGCCUCUAAGUUCUUUGAGCACUUCACUCAAAUAUCAGAUGCUAUUAACCAAAUGUCUGACGGUGUGGGCUUGUGGGAUGAACAAGAUGGUUUUUAUUACGACCAUCUUAGUACGGGCACUUGCUCUUUAGCAUUACGUGUGCGCAGUAUGGUUGGCCUCGUUCCUCUUAUGGCUUGUCUUGUCCUUGAUGACGAGUACAUGAAAACACUUCCCGGAUUCAAAAAGCGGCUUGACUGGUUUAUGAAAAACAGGAAAGACUUAGCUUCUCAGGUUAGUGGCUCGAGUGCUUUGAAAAAGGUCCUGUAUUACAUAUUUACUGACAUAAAUAAGACCUUCAUGAAACUGUCGUUAAUGAAUCUAACAUGGAAAGCAUAAGUGUAUAAAGUCACUACAUGUAUUUAGCAAAAACUAUAGAUGGCGACCCUCAGUACAAGUAGUUGAGUACGCUCGAGAAACCGUUUAGUUCGCCGCUUUCGCUCUCCAUAGUAAAGUUUUCCAACGUAGCAGAAUAAGCUGAGUGGUCCGCAGGUCAGGUCUAUGUUCUACGUUCUACUUUAACCACAUACGGAGUUGUAUCCCUCGGUUGUCCCGGACCAUGCUUGUAAGUAGUAGGUAACUAGUCUUACCCUUGCCAGGUGAAAUUCUAAAAGUCUUGUUAUGUUUACUUGAGUUAUCGUUCCAGUAUAUUUGCUUGUUCCCUUUCCUCUUUAUGUUCUUCUUUUCUUCGUCUGUGUAUUGAUUCAUACAUGAUGUUCCCUGGAAGGUUCCAAGCCAAGUCUGUUGCCAUGUGAUACUUGAAACAAAAACCGUAAAUCUAUUUUGAACUACACAAAACAUGGCAGUCAACUACUGUAAUUAAAAGUGGCGCGCAGCUUAGUCUGCGUGUUUUCCCGCCAUGCACCGGAAACUUAAUGUCCAGCCGCAGUUCCUUCCCAACUGAUUUUCCCGCCAUUUUGUAGGUAUCGUACAUGGAAUCCCAUGGCGAAAGCGAGUACCAUCAUUUACUGGCCAUUCCCACCAAAGACCAACUCGUCCGUGUGCUCAGUUAUAUGUUAGACGAAGAGGAAUUUCUGUCACCAUAUGGCAUUCGUUCUCUGUCGAAGUUUCACGAGAAGAAUCCAUAUAAACUGGAGCUAAAUGGCGAAGUUUACAGUGUGCACUAUGUCCCAGGGGAGUCGGACACGUACAUGUUUGGCGGGAACAGCAACUGGCGUGGACCUAUCUGGGUUUGCAGUAAGUACCGACUGUAGUAUAAACCACCAAGUUUAAAGAAUUUUGUAGUGUUUGUACCGAAAGUUGCGCUCAUUUGUUGAAUGACAUUAGACGGACUGUGGCGUUUGGAAACAAGAUUUCCAGAAGAAGCGAAUUUCGGCGCAAAUAUGCGCCAACUGGUUGACAACCUUUGAACUAGUUAAAAAGGCAGAUUUAUAUUGUUAUCAAUAAAUGUACAAGUUUAUUAAUGCAGAGAGGCGGCAGGGCGGGAUAUCGCGCAUGGGUUCUAUUCUUCGGUUGGAAAAAUGCCCAGGGCCGUAAAAUCACCAAGGAAGAAGAUUCCGCCUUUGAGACAUAUUAGGGCCAUUUAUACGAGGAAAAAUAAGACGCGUCUUACAUAAGACGCGUCUUAAAUAAGACGCGAACUGUACCAUUUAUACGAGCAUGUCUUAUCUAAUAAGACGCGUCUUAGCUAAGCCGCGUCUUAUUUUAGACGAAAUGUGCCGUUUAUACGGAAAGUUCGCGUCUUAUUUAAGACGCGUCUUAUUUUUCCUCGUAUAAAUGGCCCUAUUGAUGACUAUUCGGGAGUGGUAAUUGCUUAUUCUGGCGGCGCAAAGUCGUUGCUCUUAUAUUAUUAUCAGAUCACACACUGAUAUACUGAAAUGUCGGUUGUUACUAGUUUGGAGACUUAUCCGCUUCUCCAUUAAUUCCCACUUGAGCAAAAAAACACAGAUGAGAUGAUUUGGUUCCGCUCCGGUUAGGAGGCGUGUGUGGCCUAGCGGUUGACACCUCGAACUCUGGAUCUGGAGGUCCGGGCUUUAAGCCUCGUCCUUCGCGUUGUUUUCUUAGACAAGGAACUUUACUCCACUUUGUCUCUCUUCACCCAGGUGAACAAAUGUAGCGGCGACAUACUGCUGGGGGGUAACCCUGCGAUGGACUAGCAUCCCGUCCAGGGGGGAGUAGCAAUACUCCUAGGCUUGCUUCAUGCUACGGAAACCGGUAUAAACUCCGGCCGUGUGGAACUUUGGUUCGUGUGCGCCUUUACCUACCUUUGUUCCGGUCAAGUCGCUACAACUUAUCACCUUUCUCCAGUUUACAGCAUUACGUAAUCCAAUGGUCACUGAAUGAUGUGUUUGUUUCAUUUUCAGUGAACUACCUCCUCAUUGAGGCCCUACAACGCUACGACUAUUUCUUUGGUGACAAAUUGAUGAUCGAGUGCCCCACCCGGUCGGGAAAUCGCAUGCGCUUGCGUGAUGUUGCUCUUGAACUGAGCAGGCGCGUGGUGUCUUUGUUUCUGCCCAAUGAGAAUGGACGAAGGCCAUGCCACGGAGAUGAUGAGAGAUACGCCAAUGAUCCACACUGGAGCGAUCUGGUGUUGUUCUACGAGUACUUCCAUCCAGAAACAGGACGAGGGUGUGGUGCUAGGUAAGUAAUAAGGUUCCAAGCGUUUUAUGUUGCCUUACUAACCUCUUUUACCACAGAAAAAUUCAUUCACCGACUUUUCAAUAAUAACUACCACAUUGAACAAAAGGUCAGGUGCAUGGUCAGAUAAAUGGUACCCCGGAAAAAUCGAUACCCUCAAUAGAUGUCAUAUUAUCAUGGUCUGCGAGUGUCACUCUUCAAAUUCUCAUCCAUACUUUAGUACAAUUUAGAAUGACAUUAUUUGAUUUAACCUGAAUGUUGGAUGUGUUUAUUGUUACAUGGAACACGCAACCGCCAUAUGGCAAAACUACGCACCUUACUCCCCUCAUUCACCGUGCCAUGAAGUGGAGUGGGGGAGGGGUGGGGAUAUCUACACCAUUUAAUAAGAAUGUUCACCUAAUUGUAUUUUCUUUCUUUCUCGUCAGUCACCAGACAGGUUGGACUGCCCUAGUCUGUCGUCUACUGGAAAAACUCGCGAAGAAUCGCUAACAAUGUACCAAUUGGGUUACUGAUCCCAUAAAGUUACAUCAUAGUUAACAAACUUACGCACUGACUUUACUUACUUUCCUUGAACGUACGGUGUUUAUAAAUGUUAUAUAUUUAACUAAACAUUAAUAGAUUUGUAAACAAACAAACAAACCAAAACAACAGUGGGGUCAUCGGUGAACGUUUGCGGUAGCCUGCGUAGCAUGACGGUUUGGGUUGGGCGCAAAGUAAUAAAGGCGGGCGAGGGCAGAGAAACCGCGACGUCAUAGAUUUUUCACUGUUCCCCUCAGAGACUUUUGGCGCGAUAUCAGUUUGUUCAUCGUUAGAAAUCAUUUGACUUCGAGGUAGCCGAUUAAUGAGAGCGCAAGAUGAAAGAAAAAAUUCUAGCUGUUCAUCCAUUUCAGUGGAAUUCCUCCAUCCAAUGGUUUCUAAAAGUGUAUACACGCACGGUUUUGUAUAUUUAACAUGUUGCAGUUAACAUGUGCAGCCCACUGUCACUUGGUGUUAUGUUUUUUUCGUUUAAAGAAGCGUGUAUAUAUCUUUUCCACGUGGAAUUUAUUUACGUAAAUUUAAGGGUUAAAAUAUUUUCAGGGUUUUCUAUGAGUCAUCUUAGGGUGUAAUAUUUUCUCCUGGUUUUCGCAGGUUUUUAUAAAAAGGUAUUUAUUUCCAAACAAACAAGUAGCUUCAGAUUCGCGUCGUAAACCGCGCAUUUUGUGGAGGAUUUUCAUUCACCUCUUGCCAAUUUUAAUUGUUUUAACGUUAGCUUUAUAAACUGAAGGUUAGACUUGAGAUAAUCUUUGAACCUAUUAAUUUGCACUGGCUAGUUACAAAGCUUGAUAAAUCAUGUUUGGUAAACAGAAAUGUUUACUAUGAUUAGCUUCUUCAAGUUUAUUUUAAAGUUUAUUGUACAUAUUAAACGAGAAUAAAUUUGUGUUCAGUGUAACGUCUCCACUGCAUUCCUUACUUUAGACAGAAC